AUGUCAUCAUCAUCAUCUUUAGCUGAACGUAGAAGAAUACCACCCACCGAGAAACUCUCUUUAUCCACCACUGACACUUUACCUGCCAAAGUAUUACAAAGACUCGAGGAUGAGAACGCCAGACUACCACCUCAGGACUCCGAGGAAUACAUGUUGGCACAUUUGGAAAGACAAAAUGCUAUUUUAAACGCCGAUCCUAAAUCCAUUUGCAUCGAAUCCAACCGUUUACAAGCAGACUUCAGUACCCUUCGCAACCUCAUCUCAGAUGCAACCACCUUCUCUCCAACCAUUAAUGAACAUGAUGAAUCCACGCUUUUUAAAGUGUUAAAGGGUGAAAAGGCACAUGAAGAAGAACCCGAUUGGGAUUUCUGGCAAACCGUUGUACAAGAUUUCCCAUUAACCGUUCAAAAGCUCCCUCACCUUCUUGCCGCUAAAUUACGCUCGGGUGUACCUCAUCCUUUAAGGGCUGUCAUCUGGCAAGCCAUGUCACAAGCAACUUCACUGAACUUGGAAUCACUCUAUACAAGUCUCUGUACAGAACCUUCUCCCUAUGAUCGCGUCAUCAGUAGAGACUUAUCACGUACUUUCCCACAACUUGACAUGUUCAAACACGACGGUGGUGAAGGUCAGUUAGCUAUGGGUAGAGUUCUUAAGGCCUAUAGUCUAUAUGAUGCUCAUGUCGGAUACUGUCAAGGUCUUGCUUUUCUUGUCGGUCCUUUACUCAUGACCAUGCCCGAAAAUCAGACCUUUUGCGUCUUUGUCCGACUGAUGGAGACAUACGAGAUGAGAACCAUGUUCACACUCAAUAUGGAAGGACUCCACCUUCGUCUUUUCCAAUUCCAAACAUUAUUAGCUAGACUGUGUCCUACCUUGGAUGCGCAUCUAACCAAACAUACAAUUCAUACCGCCAUGUAUGCCUCACAAUGGUAUCUGACCUUAUUUGCCUACGCUUUCCCACUUUCCUUGGUCUUGCGUAUCUAUGAUCUCGUGUUUGCUGAGGGUGCUGUCGAGACAAUCACACGUGUGGCCAUGGCCCUCAUGCAAAAGAACGAAAAAGCCCUGUUGGCCAUGGACGACUUUGAACAACUCAUGAUGUACUUGACAUCACGUCGAAUGUAUACCGACGUCUAUGUCGGAAACAAUGUGGAUGCCGUCAUGACCGAUGCCAUGGCUCUCAGUACCCUUAUCACCAAAAAGGAAAUGGAUACCAUUGCUUCUGACUAUUAUAAAAAUAUGCAACAGGAAAAAGAA